AUGUGUUCAUUCCCGGUAAGGCAGCAGCAUCAACUGCACAGACCAGCAACAACAGAGCCAGUUCUGGCACCUAUUGCUGGGCCAUCAACUGUGUUCCAUGCAGAAUCACAACAGAACAGGGGAUCACAUUUCACGCCUCCCCAACGUCCCAAUGCCCUAGCGGUAAACCCAACUCCCCACUGUCCCGAUCCUGGUGGCCAAACCCGCCUCUCCACCGUCCCGAGCCUUAGUGGACCAAACCGCCUUCCCACUGUCGAAACGCCCCCGUGGCCAACUCACCUCCCCACUGUCGCUGUGCUCCAGUGGCCCAACCUGCCUCCCAACCGUCCCCCACUCCCCAGUGGCCCAAUCUGCCUACCCACUGUCCUCCUGCCACCAUCCCCAGCAGCCCAAAUGGCUCAGCACUGUCCCCACGCUCCUGCAGCCCAACCCACCUUGCCACUGGCCCCCUGCCUAACCCACAUCCUACCGUCCCUGGUGGCCCAACCUGCCUCCCCACUGUCACUGUACCUUGGCAGCCUAACCUGCCUCGCAACUGUCACCAUGGCCUGGCAGCCCAAUAUGGCUCCCCAAUGUCCCUGA